AUGCAGCAGGCCAGCUACUUCCCCGUCACUCCCAGCCCCACCCAGCCCGGCCCCUCCCAGGUGGCGGGCGGCCUUGGCGGCACCCAGUUCAUGCCGGAGGCCAGCCAGCAGGCCCGGCAGCAGCGGCCUGGGUGGGGCGGUCCCAGGGAUGGCGGCUUCCUCAUCGCCAGCAGCAGCCAGGCACCUAAGCCUGAGAGCGAGCGGCAGGCCAAGGUGGUGCGUUCUGUGACCGUCGGGCAGCUGCACAACGCGCACCAGGCCUGCGGCAGCGCCGCACUCUGGCUGGACGGCCACGACUUCACCGACCCGUUCAGCGCCGGGGCGGUGGAGGUGGUGGGCAAGCUGGUGCGGGUGAGGAUGCGGGUGAGCGUGCUGGACGUCACUCUGGAAGACGGCACCGGCAGGAUCACCGCCAAGCGCUGGGAGAGCGGGACGGCCCUGGACGAGCCUGCCGGCUGGGAGGUGGGCGCCUACUACCGCCUCGGCCUCACCUUCAACUUUGUCCCGGAGCUGAGCCCGCUGGUGGCAGCGGCGUGGAAGGUGACCACCCACUUCCUGCGCGCCAUCUUCGAGCACCUGCACCUGGCGGUGCGCCAGCAGGCGGCCGACAGGGCGGCGGCCGAGCGGCAGCAGGAGCAGGCAGCCGCUGAGCAGUACCAGCGGUACCAGAAGGCGUUGGAGGAGCAGGGGCCAUACGCGGAGCAGGGAUACUAUACGCAGCCGGCGCCGGGCCAGGCGCCGCCGCACACGCCGGCCACCCAGCCGACGCAGCCGUGGCGCAGCCCCGCCGACGCGGCCAGGCAGGCACGGGAUCGCCAGAUAGCCAUGAAGUUUGUUUAG